UUCUCUUUUCUCUGUUUCAUUGCUCUCUCUCGCUUCUCAUCAGAGCCUUUCUCUCACAAAAUCAACAUAGCUCUCUCUCACAAAACCCUUAAACCGUGGUUUGCUCAACCACCUGUGAGGAAGAAUAGAGAUUGAGAACAUCAACUCAACCACGAAAAUCGAGCCUUUCUCUCACAAAAUCAACAUAGCUCUCUCUCACAAAACCCGUAAACCGUGGUUUGCUCAACCACCUGUGAGGAAGAAUAGAGAUUGAGAACAUCAACUCAACCACGAAAAUCGAGUGAUUAGAGUUGCUCUUUUCCAGAAAACUCUAAUGGAGAAGAAAAUUUUUCGUUUUGGUAAUAUGGUUGUGUAUGGGGAGUUGGUAGAGGAAAAUCUGGAUGAGGAGGAAUGGGAAAUGAUGGAAGAGGAAAUUUUGGAAGAUGAAGUGGUGGAGUUGGAAAUGCAAAACAGAUCUCUAUAUGUGUGUGUUGAAGCUAUCGGGGAAUCUGUGUAUUACUUGAUGCACUCCAUUAAGUUGAGCGAUCUUUUGUCAUGCUCGUGCAUUUGCAGUGCUAAUCCGACUAAAGAAUUUACCAACACUACUACUAGGUGUUCCAAUUGCCUUUCCAAAGGAGAAUUAGAAUAUAGGACAGAAUUGAAGCAAGUGGAGAUUCUGACUGGUGACAGUAUCCCAUUUUUUAUGGGUUGCGGGGCAUUCGGCUCCAAAAUCAUUCUUGCCGGUGGUUGCAAACACAUGGCAGGUAUACAUGGUCCAGUUCUUAGCCGAAGCCUUUAUGUUUAUGAGACAGAUUCAAAUAUCGAUUCUGAACCACGAUUUAAAGACCAAGGAGACUCCAAUGGGUUUUUCAGGUAUUUUCAACAAGCAAAGGUAGACCCAAUCCUGGUCAAGGCAAAUGGAAAGCUCUAUGCAUUUGCUGGAGCUCCCCUAAAUGAGCAGGGAGGACUAUCUUUGGAGGUGUUCAACCCCGAGACCAUGGCAUGGUUGCCCUUAGACUUCCCUCGCUACAACGGAAACAUCGACCCUUUUCUCUUUUGGAGCAAUAAGCUCACCCCAUUUUUCUCUCAUGCAUUUUUAAGCAGUAACAAUAGGAUUUUCAUUUCAAACUUCAACACUGCUCUGUUGUUCUUUGACUUCAAUACCCAUGAAUGGAAGAGGUCUAAUUUGUUAGUUGAAUGGCCAAAUGAAGAUGAAGAAGUUCCUAACUUGAACAGUUCUGUACCUCUUCCCUUCCUUGGCAAAGCUGAAGUUCUUGAGGUGUCUCCUUUUGAGACCGUGCUUCUAGGACUGAAUAUAGAAGGUACUUUAAUUGCCACGUGGGUUAAUUCUUUAACUUUGCACCUGCUGUCUCAGCAAGAGUUGCCGUUCCAUGUGUCUCCUGAAUUUCGUGGUAGCCGUCCUAAUCUGGUCCAUUUAGGAAAUUGGAAAUUCUGUCUUGUUAUGGCUCAUUUCAUCCCAUGCAAUUCUGAUAAGGAUACUGUUGAGACUCAGGAUGACAGUAUGAUUACUUCCAAGGGGAAGAUGCUUAUUUUUGUGGCCACCUUUCGGCUUUCACGGAAAGAACAAAAGAAGUUUAUUGUCAAACACAUCGGAAAAGAUCCUAAAUCACGGAAGCUUUGUGAAGCAAUAGAGUUGUCAGUGGGGUUGGGGUUGGAUCUUAAAACUGAAUUCAAACUCUGUGAAGUUAAAGAAUUUGCAUUUAGUUUCAAACUUCUUUCAACUCGGAUAUUUGAGUAUGAUAGUUCAGCACCCAACCUUGAGACUAAGGGGGACGCCAUUGGUUGUUUUGUGCUGUAGUAACUAGGACAUACAAAGGCUAGUUUCGCAUAAAAGUUGAAGAGCAGCAGUAUUGAGGAAGAUAUUUUCUUGAACCUUUUAAAGCUUUUAGGCUGAAUAACUCGGCAUCUGAGCUACUUAGCACAUACUUCUGAUCCAUGUGGGAAGUUAAGCUUUAGCUGUAAACUUUACUAUGAUUAGUUGAUUACCACUGCCAGUUAUAAUUGAAUAUUUCACAGGGAUGAUGAACACUCUUGGUUGUCAUGUGCUACUUAGUACGUACUUCUGAUCCAUGUGGGAAGUUAAGCUUUAGCUGUAAACUUUACUAUGAUUAGUUGAUUACCACUGCCAGUUAUAAUUGAAUAUUUCACAGGGAUGAUGAACUCUCUUGGUUGUCAUGUGCUUGCAAUCUUGGAAAUACAAUGGCCUAGAUUCCUCAACUAAACUUGGAUGGUUAAUGCACGAAUGCAAAUCUUCUUGGAUAUCUUCAAUCUUUGAUUUUCGUUCUUUGUCUUUGGUUUUUUGGAAUGUGACAGAAAAACAUGUGAGAUUUUGCAGAGCAGAGGCAGUGUGCCAUGCCAAAUUUUUUGGGUUUGAAAUGUGAGAAACAGUGCUCUAUUUACUUAUCAAAAAGAAAUAGGCAAGAGUUCUCUUCCAUAAUAUUCUGCUUUCAUAUAUGCUACUUUUUUCCUUCCUUUCUUAAAUUGUAGUGAUUCAAU